AUGGCAUCGAUGAAGUUUGAUCUACCACUGCUGGAUUACAAGACGAGAUUUGCACUGUGGCAAGUCAAGAUGCGGGCGAUUCUGGCACAAUCUUCGGAUCUUGAUGAGGCGUUGGAUGGUUUCGGAGGAAAAGGGCAAAAGUCAUGGACCGCUGAAGAGAAGCGGAAGGAUCGUAAGGCUCUGUCUCUAAUUCACCUUCAUCUACAUAAUGAUAUUUUGCAAGAAGUGCUGCAGGAGAAAACUGCCGCAGAACUUUGGCUCAAGCUGGAAUCGAUCUGCAUGUCCAAGGAUCUAACCAGUAAGAUGCACAUGAAGAUGAAAUUGUUUACGCACAAGCUGCAAGAAGGUGAUUCGGUGAUGAACCACUUAUCGAUCUUUAAGGAGAUCGUUGCCAACCUAGUUUCGAUGGAGAUAAAAUAUGAUGAUGAAGAUUUAGCUCUUCUACUGUUAUGCUCACUGCCUACUUCGUUUGUAAAUUUCCGAGAUACCAUACUAUUAAGCCGUGAUGAACUAACGCUUGCGGAAGUAUAUGAGGCCCUCCACACGAGGGAGAAGAUGAAAGGUAUGGUUCAGUCUGACGUGUUGUCCUCCAAGGGCGAAGUGUUGCAGGUUAGAGGCAGGCCCGAGCAGAAAACCUACAACAACAAUAAUAAUCGAGACAAGAGCAAGAACGGUAAAGGCCGUUCGAAGUCCAGAGGCAGGGAUAAGUUCUGCAGGUAUUGUAAGAAAGAUACUCAUGUCAUUGAGGAUUGUUGGAAGCUGCAAAAUAAGGAGAAAAGAAACGGAGAUGUUCUGGUUGUUUUUGCUGGUUGUGUUGCUGGUCGUGAUGAAUGGAUACUUUAUUCUGCAUGCUCGUUUCAUAUAUGCUCUAACAAAGAUUGGUUCAGUUCUUACAAGCCUGUGCAGAGUGGAGAUGUCAUGCGUAUGGGAGAUAACAACCCACGUGAAAUCGUGGGCAUUGGCUCCGUUCAGAUCAAGAUACAUGAUGGCAUGAUACGCACACUGAAAGAUGUGAGACACAUACCAGGGAUGGCCAGAAAUCUCAUCUCCCUCAGCACACUUGAUGCCAAGGGGUACAGACACUCUGGUUCAGGUGGCGUGUGUAAGGUAUCAAAAGGCUCUCUUAUUCAUAUGAUAGGUGAUAUGAAUUCUGCAAUGUUAUAUGUUCUUGGAGGAAGUACUUUACAUGGUUCCGUCACUGCUACUACUGUUUCUAAUGAUGAACCAAAUAAAACUAAUCUCUGGCAUAUGCGUCUUGGGCAUAUGAGUGAACUUGGUAUGACAGAAUUGAUCAAGAGAGACCUGCUGGAUGGCUGCACUGUGGGUAGGAUGAAGUUCUAUGAGCACUGUAUUUUUGGUAAGCACAAGACGGUAAAAUUCAAUGCAUCUGUUCAUACCACCAAAGGUACACUUGAUUAUGUACAUGCUGAUUUGUGGGGGCCGUCUCGUAAGACCUCUUAUGGUGGUGUUCGUUACAUACUUACCAUUAUUGAUGAUUACUCUAGAAAAGUGUGGCCUUACUUUCUGAAAAAUAAAGAUGAUACUUUUGCUACUUUUAAAGAAUGGAAAAUAACGAUAGAAAGGCAAACUGAAAAGAAGUUGAGAGUUUUCGGUUGCAUUGCUUAUGCUCAUGUUGAUAAUGGAAAGCUAGAACCUAGAGCCAUUAAGUGUUUGUUUCUUGGUUAUGGUUCCGGAUGUAAAGGAUAUAAGUUAUGGAAUCCUAAAAAUAAAAAGACUUUCAUGAGCAGGAGCGUUCUUUUCAAUGAAUCUAUUAUGUUUAAUGACAGCUUGUCCACAGAUAUUUCACUAGUUGGUUCUGAUGAGGAGCAGGAACAUCACUCACCUCCUGUUUUGCAACCUCGAAAUCAGUCUAUUGCAGAUCGCAGAACAAAGGGGAAUUGUGGACCUCGUCCACGUUUAAUUGAGGAAUGUGAUAUUGUUCAUUAUGCCUUUAGUUGUGCUUGUGCUGAACAGGUUGAGAACAUUCAUGAGCCGGCUACGUAUACUGAAGCUGUUGUUUUUGGUGACCGUGAGAAGUGGAUUUUCGCUAUGCAAGAGGAGAUGCAGUCACUCGAGAAAAAUGGCACAUGGGAUGUUGUGUGCUUGCCUAAUCACAAGAAGAGCAAGAAAGAAAUCACUACAUUGAAGAAACUGUUGAGUAGUGAGUUUGAAAUGAAGGAUCUUGGUGCUGCUAAGAAGAUUCUAGGUUUACAAUGUGCUAGUAUGGAUGAAGAUUUUGAGUACAUGUCAAGAGUUCCAUAUUCUAGUGCUGUUGGUUCUUUGAUAUAUGUCAUGGUUUGCUCUCGUCCUGAUUUAUCAUAUGCUAUGAGUUUGGUUAGUAGAUACAUGGUUAAUCCUAGUAAAGAACAUUGGAAGGCUGUUCAGUGGAUUUUCAGGUACCUUCGUGGCACAAUAAAUACUUGUUUGAAGUUUGGCAGGACUGAUAAGGGACUCACUAGCUACGUGGAUUCAGAUUUUGCUGCUGAUUUGGAUAAGAGGAGAUCUCUCAUAGGUUAUGUGUUCACUAUUGGUGGUUGUGCUGUGAGUUGGAGGGCAACAUUGCAGCCCGUUGUUGCCCUGUCUACCACUGAAGUAGAAUACAUAGCUAUUGCUGAAGCAUGUAAAAAAUCAGUUUGGUUGAAAGGCUACUGUAGAUGGGCUGGUCACAACUUCAGUGGCCUGUGUCCCAGUGUCUGUAAGACCCCCUCCUUCUUUAAGACCUGCUUGCCCCCAGGCAGGUGCUUGAGGAAAGUGUUGCUUGAAGGACUCCAAAUCCUCCCUGUUAGCGAGAGAGCACGGCCAGCCGGACCAUUGGAUCACCUGACGAAGAAAUGCGGCGCUGCAACACCCUUUCAGAAAUCUGGUACCCAUCCAGCGACGAAGGCAGCUCGGCAACAUCAUCGUCCAGAGGAACAACUUGUUUCCAUUGUGAAACAUGGAUGA